UGCUGUCAGUGUGACUCGUGCGGCCAGAUCCCGGACUGUCUUUACAGCGAGCGAUUCCAGUGUAUGUUCCAGUUGUGCCUGGGUGCACGAGAGAGACUGAGCGUAGCUCCAACCCUCUGAGGGAGAGAGAGAGAGAGGGAGAGAAAUAAUCAACAGUAGGAUUGAUUUUCACAACAAACUCAGCUUGCGGGGAAGAGCAGCAGCUGGGAAGGACUUACCGCUCUCUGGUAUGCGCGACUCGCUUUUGAAUCGUGGCUCGUAAAGCAGAUUUGUGUCACAGCGGGUGCAGGUCCCAGAAGAAUCUCAGUAUCCUCCGAAGAGUUCCUGUGCAUUUCCAUGUGGAGUUUACCCCGUACUCCCUCCGCUGGUUUAACAAUUCCAGACUGAAGUCUUCCGUUAUGGCUACAUUGUUUCUGGGGCUAUUCCUCUUCCUGCUCCAUCCGGUGGUUGUGCCCUCCAGGCCGGCUUUUCACCUGAACCGCGUGCCCCUGUCUCACUCCCUGCGUUACUUGUUGCAAAACAACCUUUCCAGCCACGACAUCUUCCGGCCCGCGGUCUUCCCGAACGGUACCAUCCAGCGGCUCCCUCACACCAUCAUCAUCGGCGUAAGGAAAGGUGGCACUCGGGCUCUGCUGGAGAUGCUGAACCUCCACCCGGAGGUCAGGGCGGCGGAGAGUGAAAUCCAUUUCUUCGACUGGGAAGGGAAUUACGAGAAGGGUCUUCAGUGGUACAGCCGCCAGAUGCCACUCUCGUAUCCCCACCAGACCACGGUCGAAAAGACACCGGCCUACUUCACUUCACACAAAGUGCCUGAAAGAAUCUACCACAUGAACCAAACUAUUCGCCUCCUUUUAAUCCUGCGGGACCCAACGGAGAGAGUCAUAUCGGACUAUACUCAGGUAUUAUUCAACAGAAUGCAAAAACACAAACCGUUCCAGUCGGUCGAGGAGCUGCUCGUUCGAGAUGGCCAGAUCAAUGUUGACUACAAGGCGAUCAAUCGCAGCUUGUAUUAUACCCAUAUGCAAAACUGGUUGAGGUAUUUCCCCCGCAGCCAAAUACACAUUGUGGACGGUGACAAAUUGAUCAGGGACCCCUUUCCAGAAAUGGAAAAAGUGGAGAAAUUCCUGAGGCUCUCGCCGCGGAUUAACCGGUCCAAUUUUUACUUCAACAAAACAAAAGGAUUUUACUGCCUCCGAGAUGGCGGGAGGGAGAGGUGCUUGCACGAGUCUAAGGGGAGAACACAUCCGCAAGUAGACUCCGCUGUACUCAACAAACUACACGGCUUCUUCAAUGAACCAAACCGCAAAUUCUUCGACUUGGUUGGCAGAACAUUCGAUUGGCAUUAAAUGAAUGUGUGUGCAGAAUGCAACUGAGGCUCCUUUUUCUAAAAUCCAUUAUAUACAAUGUACAAAACUAUACUGAAAUAGUAAUUUAAGUGGAUUUCCUUAGAACGAGUAACUAUACAAUAUUACAAGUAGACCAAUCUUUAUCCAGAGCUAGUUAUAUUUUUCUACAUUGUCGCAACGAUGCUGUAAAGCUCAACUUCCCGAUCGAUGUAAGUUCUAUUUGUUUCAUUAGCGAUGUAACAGAACUGCUACAAAGAGAUAAGAUGGUGUUUAAUGGACUUUGGGCGGGCUGGGGGCGGGUGUGGAAACAGUAUGAUCCGAUAUGCGUUUCGCAAAGGCCGGGACCAUGUCGUUUAAUGUUGGAACUCCAAAAAUAUCUAUAUGAUUCUCCUUUAUACUUUGCAAGAAAAUAUUCUUUUCUCCAAAGAGUGCAAUAUUUUGCUGGUGUUAUGUUAUUCACAAGAUGUUGCACAAACGCUGCUAUUGUUCGUGGCAUUAAAGCACUUCCCACAACUGGACAAUAACAGAUUCUGAGCGGAUGGCGGGAGUUUGAUGUGUAUUCCAUUAAACUGAGAGCGCCAUUUCUAUAUUUGCUACUAGUUCCCACAGUAUUUCAGUUUUAAUUUACUUUUAUUUAUUUCCGCGGGAGGGCGCGGUAAGUAUGAAUUUUUUGUAUUGGGUAUCCAUGCAAUCUUGUUCUGGAUACUGUCAUUUUUUUUUGUAAAGUACGGAUUUUUCCGCUAAUAUUGUACUAACCAGACCGUAAGCUAUGAAAUAAAGCAACAAUGUUUUUAA